GCGAACCUAAGACGAACUUAGAGGGAUAGAUCAUCAUGGACGAGGGCGAGUUCCUGCGUCUGUUGGAGCGAUACCCCGUGGUGCGCAAGAAGACGCACUGCCGCGUGCAAUGGAAUGACAUGUACGAUGACGAGCCGGCCACGCAGCCCGCGAGCUCCGGCAUCUUCAUCCCCGCCGGCCAGGAGAGCGACAUCAAACCCACAGACUCCGUGGAGGAGGCGCUGGAGAAGUUCCUGGCGCCGUAUUUCCCAUCCAACGAGACGGCCAAGAUCCAGCAACAGCUCGAGAAGGCGCAGCGAGAUUUCGUUUCGAGUUUGUGUCUUGAGGAUGUAAACGACCUGUGCGCACAGUUCGUCGCGACUCAAUAGAAGCGAUACAGAAGAGCUGUGACUAAAGAGCAUGGCAAAUACGGUCUAUAUUAUCUGUGGACACGCGUGUGACCUUUUGCAUUAUGCGUGUAUCUGCUGGGAGAGCUGGUGUCGCUACGUAACAAGAAAUUUUGGAGUGAGCACUGGUGUGAAUGCUAUAGGAAGAUAGGCGACUCUACCUGAAGGAAAUUGCGACUCUGGGCAGGAUCGAGGAACGGCGAUGUGCUCCAGGAGAUAACGAGCGUACGCAGCUCGUCCGUGGACGUCUCGAACGAGAUAAGUUGCAACAGUGCUUCCUGCAAUUGACCAUAAGGCAGCGAACUCCAUCAGCAACACAGCUACACGCAACAGCUAUGACAAACCAUACUACAAAACACUGCAACGUACG